AUGGACCUCGUCCCUCAUAUCUUCCACGAACAGCAAGAGGGAAAUCUCUGCGCCCAACAUUGUCUGAACUCGCUCCUCCAAGGCCCAUACUUCACUGCAAUCGACCUCGCAGAUCUGGCACAGCAGCUCGACCAACAGGAACAACUCGCAUUGGACAAUGUUGGACCGGGCGCCAGGGCUGUCAAGAGUCAGAAUAUGGACGACUCUGGAUUCUUUUCUGUCCAGGUUCUGAGCCAUGCACUGAGUAUCUGGAACAUCCAGAUCAUCCCCUGGGGGUCCAAGGAGGUUGCCGACGCCAAGUCCAAGCCAGAGCGAGAGGCAGCGUUUAUUUGCAACUUGAACGAACAUUGGUACACACUGCGACGAUUCGGUCCCUCCACACAACGAUGGUACGACCUCAACUCGAUGCACCCUCGACCUCAGUACAUGUCUGCAACAUAUCUUGGGAUGACGCUCUCGCAGCUCGAAGCGGGAGGAUAUUCGAUCUUUGUUGUCCGGCCUCUUGGAUCCGUCCAGCCCGCUCCCGAGACAUCUUCAUCGACAGUGGAGGCGUUGGCACCGAAACAGGAAGCGCCGGUACAGGAGGCGCCGGUUGAAGAGGUAAACCCCGCGUUGACAGAGCGGCAGGAGAUGGAGAGGUUGAGGAGACAACGACAGGAAGAACGGGAGAGAGCUCUUCAGGGUCCAUCCGUGGACUCAUCGACAACAACUACUACAGCUACCACGGACGCGUCAACGAAAAGGACCAGGGUUGACCACACAGGCGAAGAAGUCGGGGACGAACCUUCCAACAAGAAAAACAAGGGCGAUCUAGUCACAACACCUUCAUUCCUGCCUCGGUGUGAAGUUGACAUCUUGGCAGCUUCAAUGCCAAUAGUCGAAAGUGCUUCACAAGGAGCACCCAAGAAGGAGCAGAGUUUUGGUGGGUCGGGGUACCGUUUAGGCGGGUCGCCUCCUCCUCCUGCAGCUGCGUCGCUUCCGCCGGGGUUUGACUAUGAGCAGUUUGGAGGACAGGGGGAUGAGGAUGCGGAGUGGGAGAUGAUGCAGGAGGCCAUUGCCCUGUCUUUGAGUAGCCAGCAGAAAUAA